AUGGUUACUGCAUACAAUAGAAUCGAGGAACCAUAUUCAACGUCAGAAUAUAGAAAAGACUUUUAUAUUGAAGGUGCUUUGUUAAUGUGCCGUGCUUUGAAUCAUAAAAAAAAAUUAGCACUCAAUGAUCAUCUUAUUUCAACAAAACAUCAAAUCAUAAAAAUUACUGUUAACAAUUCAGUUCAAGUACAGCAAAACAUCAAUGUUGUACAUUUAUCUAAAAGAGAAAAAAUGAAUUUGGAUCUUGUUCAAGCUUUAACAGUCAUUGAUUUACUUUUUGAAAAAUUGGAUAAUGAUAAAUUAAAAGAAUUUUUAUAA